AUUUAUGAAGAUAGUCAAUCAACUGCAAGUUAAAGUUUUCUAUGAGAGGUCGGGUACGCACACUAUGAUUAUAAAAGAUCUCCUCAUUGGCAGAAACUAUUUGGAAGAUAUAGAACGACCUUGCGGAAUCUCUACAGAUACCACGAUUAGCACUUUAAAUUAA